CCUCCCUCUCCCGGCCCAAGCUCCCGAGACAGCUGGAAAUUGACACACAGUACAGUCUUUCCAAGGAGCCGGUGCUGGCCUCACAGUCGAAGCCCUUUAAAAGCCUCGCUCGCUGUCACGGCGCCUAUAUUUAGAAUCUGUGCUUCCAGUCCCUCUCGCUGGGUGAGGAAACAUUUCCCAACGUAUGUUUUCACUUCCUGUGGUUUAAAAAAAAACACGAUUUUUUUCAAGCCCCGUAUGUAGUGCAGGUUCUGGUUAAAAGCCUGGACUGUAGAAGAAAUACGGAAUGGUGGUGACUUUAUAAAGCAACCAGCAAAAUAUUUACUUGCUGCCUGUAAUAUGGUGUGAAACAGACAUUGAAUCUCUUCACUUGGCCUCUCUCUCUUAAAAUAUUGAAAAUCAGGCUUGAUCAUGUUUUGGUUGUUGAAACAUAAAAACAGAGCAAUAAGCUGCUGCCUCUGUUGUGGCCACCUGAGAUACCAGCAUCACAAAGCUGUCUUGGCCUUGCGGAGGGAGGAUAUAAAUGCCUGGGAGAGGCGAGCACCAUUGGCUCCAAGACACAUCAAAGAGGUGACCAGCGCAGGCUACAAAGUCUUGGUGCAACCAUCCAACAGAAGAGCCAUCCAUGAAAAGGAUUAUCGGCAGGCAGGGGCUAUAAUCCAAGAAGAUAUCUCCGAGGCUUCUUUAAUUAUUGGAGUGAAAAGUCCUCCAGUGGAGAAGCUAAUACCCAAAAAGACUUAUGCCUUCUUUUCACAUACAAUUAAAGCCCAAGAGGCAAAUAUGCCUCUUCUGGAUGCUAUCAUUGAAAAGGAAAUUCGCCUGAUUGAUUAUGAAAAAAUGGUGGAUAGCAAAGGGACAAGAGUUGUGGCAUUUGGCAAAUGGGCUGGGGCAGCAGGAAUGAUCAACAUUUUACAUGGUUUGGGACUGCGCCUCCUUGCUCUCGGCCACCACACUCCUUUCAUGCAUAUUGGCAUGGCUCACAAUUACAGGAACAGUGCCCAGGCAGUGCAAGCUGUUCGGGACUGCGGUUACGAGAUCUCCUUAGGUUUAAUGCCUAAGUCCAUUGGACCAGUUACGUUUGUGUUCACAGGCACUGGUAAUGUCUUCAAGGGAGCACAAGAAAUAUUCACUGAACUUCCUUGUGAAUUUGUUGAACCACAUGAGCUUCGAGAUGUUUUUCAGUCUGGAGAUCAAAGAAAAGUUUACUGCACAGUUCUCAGCCGUCAUCAUCACGUUGUUAGAAAGAGUGAUGGGAAAUAUGACCCUGUUGAAUAUCAACAUCAUCCUCAAUUAUACACCUCACGCUUCAGUGUUGAUAUUGCUCCAUAUACCACAUGUUUGGUGAAUGGUAUUUAUUGGGAUCCAGAUACACCUCGAUUACUUACCCGAUUGGAUGCUUCCAAUCUGCUGGCAUCGGCCAAAGAUUUUGACCCAGCUAGUGAUGGUUGCCCAGAAUUACCUCACAGGUUUUUGGCAAUCUGUGAUAUUUCUGCUGAUACUGGUGGCUCCAUUGAGUUUAUGACUGAAUGUACAUCCAUUGACAUGCCAUUUUGUAUGUAUGAUGCAGAACAACAGGUUAUUCAUGACAGCCUAGAAGGCAAUGGGAUCUUGAUGUGUUCAAUAGACAAUCUGCCUGCACAGCUCCCAAUAGAGGCCACGGAAUAUUUUGGAGACCAGCUGAGCCCAUAUUUGUGGGAAAUGUUGACCUCUGAUGCUACACAACCCUUUGAAAAGGAGAACGAUUUAACACCGGUUAUUCGGAACGCUGUAAUUGCAUCGAAUGGUUCACUGACUCCUAAAUUCAAAUAUAUCCAGAAGUUAAGAGCGAACAGGGAGUCUGCUCAAAUGAGGAACAUGAGUGCAAAAGGCCGAGUGUUGUUGCUUGGUUCUGGUUAUGUAUCGGGACCAGUAUUGAACUAUUUCACCAGGGACACAGAUAUUGAGGUAACUGUAGCAUCUGCGCUCCAAGACCAGUUGGAAAAACUGACUUCCACGUACAACCACACAACUCCAGUAAUACUGGACAUGAAGAAGGACAGAGACAAGCUCUCAUCACUGGUGAAAUCCCAUGACCUUGUGAUCAGUUUGCUGCCUGGUGUUUUUCAUCCUGUGGUGCUGAAGGAGUGCAUCGAACAAAAGGUGAACAUGGUGACAGCAAGCUACCAGUCUCCUGAAAUGAAAGAAAUGCACAAAAGUGCACUGGAUGCUGGGAUUACUGUUUUAAAUGAGGUUGGUCUGGAUCCAGGGAUUGACCACAUGCUGGCGAUGAAACGCUUUGAUGAAGCAAAAGAGCAAGGUUCACUGAUAGAGUCUUUUGUUUCAUUCUGUGGAGGUCUCCCUGCCCCUGAAUGUUCUGAUAACCCCCUUGGGUACAAGUUUAGCUGGAGUCCAUCUGGAGCUCUGUUAAAUACAAUCCGCCCAGCCACCUAUUUAAAGGAUGGAAAGGUAGUUGACAUCCCGGCUGGAGGUGCUAUUCUUGACAGUGCAAGUCCAAUGGCUGCCUUCCCAGGUUUCAACCUAGAGGGUAUACCAAACAGGAACAGUCUCAAAUACGCAACAUGGUACAGCAUUGAAUCAGCUCGUACCUUGUUACGGGGCACCCUCAGAUACAAGGGAUAUGCAAAUGUAGUGAAAGGAUUUCACAAACUGGGAUUGAUCAAUCCUGACCAAUGCCAGCUACUUAGUCCUGAAGCUCCUCCGAUAACUUGGAGAGAACUGAUGUGUAACUUGGUGGAAAUUGCGCCAUCCAGUAGUUUCCAAAGCCUCCAAGAAGCUGUUUAUGAUAAGAUUGGAAGAGAUGAUCACAGAAUGAGCACUCUGACAUGGCUUGGGCUGUUCGAAGAUGAACCAGUUCGGAAAGAACAGAGCCUUCUAGAAACUUUUGCAAAGCACAUUGAGCCCAAACUUGCCUAUGCUCCUGGUGAAAGAGACUUGGUUAUCUUGAGGAACAGUGUUGGCAUUAGACACCCUUCGGGUCAACUAGAAACUAAACACGAUAGUCUGGUGGUCUAUGGUGAUGUUGGUGGUUUCUCAGCAAUGGCAAAAACUGUUGGCUACCCCUGUGCCAUCAGUGCUGAGAUGGUUUUGGAUGGUGAAAUCUCCACUAAAGGAAUACUUGGUCCAAUGACCAAAGAUAUCUAUCAACCAAUUCUGGAUCGCAUCAAGGCUGAAGGCAUUUUGUACACCUCAAGCAGUACCUUUUCAUGACAUGGAAAUUAUUCAGUAAUAUUCCAAUCUUAAAUUUUCCAGAAGUACUUAGCACAUUUUUAACUGAAACUUCCAAAUUGCUCCUGUGAAAUUCUUUUGUCCACUCGCUGCUGCUGGUCUUUCUUUGGACAGACAACCACUUGGCGAGAUUUUCUGGCGUAGUCAAUCAUGAUUAAGUAAAAAGAUGCAAAACUUAAUGACACUUUUAAUCAUUGCAGUUUUAAUCAUUGCAGACUGCAAGUUGCAAUAAUUAAAUAAUAAUCCUGGACUUAUUUGUUUAAAAAAAAAGUGACAUCAGACAGCUUUUCAGAUUUGUGAAUAAAGCUGACCAUUAUCCAAUGGUUUCAA